AAGCGCACCUUAUGUAACACUGUUCUGCUGACAAUGGACCAGUCCGCUCCUCAUGUUGGGACCGGCGGUGACAGAGCUCCACACCGCCUGAGGACCUCGUUGUGCGUGUAUCUGUGUUGUGAGCUGGAUUCCUCCGGGUGAGCGACAGAAAGCAGGCAGGAUGUUUGGAGCUGUGGUGGUUGGGAUUGGCACAGCAGGUUGGGUGAGGAUCAGAGACAUGUUAGCUCCACUGCCUGGCAGUCCUGCAGAGCAGCUCAGUGUCAGAGGAUUCAUAUCCAGGAGAAGUCUGGACACUCAGCAGGGAGUAAGUCAGAUCACAUUGGAGGAGGCUCUGAGCAGAAAAGACAUUCAUGCUGCGUUCAUCUGCACUGAGAAUGUGGCUCAUGAGGACAAUGUCAGAACCUUUCUGCAGGCAGGGAAACAUGUCUGUGUUGAGUAUCCCAUGACCAUUAACUACAAGGCUGCUGUGGAGCUGUGGGAUUUAGCUCUGGAAAAAGGAGUGGUUCUCCAUGAGGAGCACAUAGAGAUGCUGACAGAAGAGUACAAAGUACUGAAGAGAGAAGUAGAGGGAAAAGUCCUGAAGGAGGGCACGCUUCAUUUUACAGGCGGAUCUCUGAAGCCUGGAUUUGGUUUCCCAGCGUUCAGUGGCAUUGCUCGCCUCACCUGGUUGGUAGAUUUGUUUGGUGAGUUGUCGGUGACUGCAGCAACCAUGGAGGAAGACUCUGGUAACUGCAUCAAGAUGACUGCAAAGUUGGUGACUUGUGAAAACCGACCUCUGACAUGGAUUGAGGAGCGGGGACCGGGCCUUCCUAGGGCCAAGAACAUCAACUUUCAGUUUAACUCCUGCACUCUAACCCAAAUCCCCCCUGCACCCAGAGGGGCUGUGGGCCUCUUCAUGCAGGACCUGAUCCACUUCUCUGCCAAGCUGGCGGGCCAAGUGAGUCCUGAGGAGAUCCAGAGAGAGAAAGUCAGGAUCCUACACUGCUUGGAGCUGGCAGAGAAGAUUCAACAACUUUGUCAAAGUUAAAUGAGGACUAUCACGUUUAUGAUAAGCAUAAACCUUUAUGUCUAAAACAAAUAAAGAUUAAGUUUCCCCAGAUCA